AGGAUUUUUCAGAGUAUACAAUUAAAUAAGAAAAAGCUUCCACAUAAAAGAGAGAGCAGUCAUGGUGGUUGCUUCUGGAACUACCUUUGCCAAAGAGAUGACCAUCAGAAAACGGAUAGCCAGCAUAUUUAAUAAACGGGAAGACGAUUUCUCAUCUUUGAAAGAAUUCAAUGAUUAUUUGGAAGAAGUGGAGGAUAUGACAUUCAACUUGAUUGAAGGAAUCAAUGUACCUGCAAUCGAAGCACACAUUGCAAAUUACCAGAUUGAAAAUGCAGAACAAAUAAUGAUUGCUCAAGCUCGUAAGGCUGAAGAAUUUGCAGCAGCAUUGGCUGCAAGCAAGGGACAUAUUGCACAAACUGAUAUUGAUGUGUCAACCAGUUCUCAAGUAGGAAAUGAGACUGGUACACAACCAGGGCAGUAUGCUCCGGCAGUUGCUGGUGGAUUACAGCCUCGACCCACUGGAGUGCAACCUAACCUAAUUGGAGAGAUGUUUGGAUACGAUGAUGAUGAAGAGACUAGGAAACUCCGGGCAGAAAGGGGCGGUAGGGCAGGAGGAUGGAGCGUUGAGUUAAGCAAGAAGAGGACUCUUGAAGAGGCUAUGAGUAGCAUCUGGAUUUGACCGGAUUUCUAUACCCUUUGCAAAGAAUGAAGGGUAUAGUUUUUUUGAAAGCAAAACUUAAAGAGUAUGAAGGUCUGGUAUCCUCUGCCCCGACUUUCAUUUACACUCGCAUUGUUUGUAAGAUUCAUCUUGUAAUCUGGGCAGUAAGUUCAAGAAAAAUGUUUUUGAGAUAAUUGAUCAACUUGUUGUUGAAUGGGAAGGUGGUUUAGGAACAUUUAAGGAACUUGUUAUUAGAUUUCGACUGUAUGCAUUUUCAUCAAAUGGUACUUAAUAUGUUUAUUGUGUU